GAUCGGUGUGUCGGUGGGACAGCAGCUAAAAACAAGCCAAAAAGAAGGAUAAUUCGUGUUUCUGUUUCUCACGGAGGGACACCUUCAUCGCUGGGCCUUCUGUUAGAAGGACAUGUUUCAGUAGGACUCGCUUUUUGGACACAUCACCAUAAUGUCCGGGAACAGCCUGGUUCUACCCAUAGUGCUCUGGGGCCGCACGGCUCCCACCCACUGCAUCAGCAGCCUGCUGGUGAUGGAUGACUUCAGCACCAUCAUCACCGGCUGCCAUGACGGACAGAUCUGCCUCUGGGACAUGACACCUGAGCUUGAGAUUUGUCCCAGAGCCAUGUUGUUUGGACACACAGCCUCCAUCACCUGUCUGUCCAAAGCCAGUGCAUGCAGUGACAAGCAGUACAUCGUCAGUGCAUCUGAGAGUGGGGAGAUGUGUUUAUGGGAUGUGAACGAUGGACGCUGUAUUGAGUUCACCAAGCUGGCCUGUGCUCACACUGGCAUACAGUUCUAUCAAUUCACCAUCGGCACCCAAAGGGAGGGACGCCUGCUUUGUAAUGGACAUUACCCAGAGAUCCUUGUGGUGGAUGCCACUAGCCUGGAGGUCCUGUACUCGCUUGUGUCCAAGAUCUCUCCUGACUGGAUCAGCUCCAUGAGCAUCAUCCGUUCCCACCGCACACAAGAGGACACAGUGGUGGCAGUGUCAGUGACUGGGAUCUUGAAGGUCUGGAUCAUCACAGCUGAGGUCAGCAAGAUGCAGGACCUGGACCCAGUGUUUGAAGAAGAGUCCAAACCCAUCUACUGUCAGGGCUGCCAGAGUAUUUCCUUCUGCACCUUCACUCAGAGCAGCCUGCUGGUGGUCUGCUCCAAGUACUGGAGGGUGUUUGAUGCAGGUGACUACUCGUUGCUUUGCUCAGUGCCCAGUGACAAUGACCAGGCCUGGACUGGAGGAGAGUUCAUUGCUGCAGACAAAGUCAUCAUCUGGACAGAAGAUGGCUGCAGUUACAUCUACAAGCUGCCUGCCAGUUGUCUACCUGCUAGUGAACAUUUCCGCAGCGAUGUUGGGAAAACCAAAGAAGGCUCGAUCCCUCCUCUGGUCUACAGCAUCGCUAACCGCUCAGACAAACAGCUCCUCAUCUGUCCUCCUGUGACUCGGUUCUUCUUCGGCCGGCGUGAACCCUUCCACAAGCUGCUGAUCCAGGGAGACUCAGCGGGCAGACUGUCCCUGUGGAGCAUCCCAGACACCUCGCCUCUGCAGCCGCUGUCGACUGCUGCCGAGCUGCAGGUGUCGUCCACCAUCAGUCUCCAGGAGGCGUUUGAUAAGUUGACCCCCGUGUCUGCUGGGAUCAUCGACCAGCUCAGUGUCCUGCCUGGCAAAGAAGAACCCGUCAAGGUGACAGCCAGCGUGUACAUCCCCUCUCAGGGUCGACUGGUGUGCGGGAGAGAAGACGGCAGCAUCAUCCUGGUUCCUGCCACUCAGACUGCCAUCGUUCAGCUACUGCAGGGAGAGCACAUGCUCCGGAGAGGCUGGCCGCCCCAUCGUACCUUGCGAGGUCACCGGAACAAGGUGACAUGUGUCCUAUACCCGUACCAGAUCUCCCCCCGCUACGACCAGCGCUCACUGGUAUCUGGAGGAGUGGACUUCUCCGUCAUCGUCUGGGACAUUUUCACUGGAGAGAUGAAGCACAUCUUCUGUGUCCACGGCGGAGAGAUCACCCAGCUCAUCAUCCCCCCGGAAAACUGCAGCACUCGGGUGCAGCACUGCGUGUGCUCAGUGGCCAGCGACCACUCCGUCGGCCUGCUGAGUCUUCGGGAGAGGAAGUGCAUCAUGCUGGCGUCGAGACACCUCUUUCCCAUCCAGGUCAUCAAGUGGCGUCCGGCAGAUGAUUACCUGGUGGUAGGGUGCUCUGACGGCUCCGUCUACGUCUGGCAGAUGGAUACAGGAGCCUUGGACCGCUGUGUGAUGGGUAUAACAGCGGUAGAGAUCCUGAACGCCUGUGAUGAGCUGGCUCCGGCCACCGUGGAUGCUCUGAGCCACUCUGCAGUGAACCUGAAGCAGGCGAUGACUCGCCGCAGUCUGGCGGCGCUGAAGAACAUGGCCCAGCACAAACUGCAGACGCUUGCCACCAACCUGCUGGCUGCAGACAACGCUGACAAGGGCAACCUGCCGAAAUACUCCCAUAAUGCCCUGGUGGUCCAGGCGAUGAAGACCAACCUGACGGACCCCGACAUGCACGUGCUGUUCUUCGACGUGGAGGCAGUGAUCAUCCAGCUGCUGACGGAGGAAGCCCAGAGACCGAACCCUACACUGGUGUCUCCGGAGACACUGCAGAAGAGCCAGGCUGGGGCCGACAAAGGGGGGUCCUUCCUCGCCAACAAGAUCUUCAAACAGGUGAAGGAGACCAUGAAGGAGACCAUAAAGGAGCACCUGCUGGAUGAAGACGAGGAGGAGGAGGAGGAGAUGAGGAGGCGUGAGGAGAAGUCCAAGUCUCUGAGUCUGCUGGAGUACAACCUGACGAUGGACACGGCCAAACUCUUCAUGUCCUGCCUGCACGCCUGGGGUCUCAAUGAACAGCUGGACGGCAUCUGUCUGGAGCGACUGGGCAUGCUCAGACCGCACUGCCCCAUCUCCUUCGGCCUGAUCUCCAGAGGAGGUCACAUGUCCCUCAUGCUCCCCACCUUCAAGGAGUCCUUGCUGUGCCAGUUGUCCCUGGCGACAGGUCGGAAGCUGACUCUGACAGACAUCGUAGGGAAGGGUACAUACGGUGUGUCAAGGGCCGUCACCACACAGCACCUCCUGUCCGUCAUUUCGCUGGCCAACACUCUGAUGGGCAUGACCAACGCCACCUUCGUCGGGGAGCACAUGAAGAAAGCACCAGCCAGGCCUCCCAGACCAGGAGGAACCCCAGAGUCUCCACGCAGGACGCCUGCUGCCCCCCCCCAGCCCUCCUGCCCGGCGCUACAGGCCCAGAUCAAACAAGGUUGGAGACAACUGGCAGCCAUGCAUUGUGUGAUGCUUCCUGACCUCCUUGGCCUGGACAAGUUUAGACCACCUCUGCUGGAGAUGUUGGCGAGGAGAUGGCAGGACCGCUGUCUGGAGGUGCGAGAAGCAGCACAAGCUCUUCUAUUGGCUGAGUUAAGAAGGAUUGGCCAAUCAGGACGCAAGGACACCAUCGACAUGUGGGCUCCCUACCUCCCUCAGUAUGUGGACACCGUCAGCUCCCCCGGGACAACCACAGAGCCGUCCCCUCCAGCCCCGCCCCCUCCUGAGGCUCAGCCGGUAGAAACCAAGGCUCCUGAGGAAGAAAUGGAUGUCACCGAUGACGACAUCACAGCAGGGUGUCUGUCCAACCUUCCACCAAAUGCCAAGAAGAUCUCCAAUUCAUACGAGGAGCGCCGUAAGCAGGCCACAGCCAUCGUGCUGCUGGGGGUCAUUGGGGCCGAGUUCGGCGCUGAGAUCGAGCCACCAAAGGGUUCAGCACGGGCUCGAACCGGUGGACAGGCACCCGAAGGCUUUGGCCUGACGAGCGGAGGGUCAUCCAACUACUCACUGGCCAGACAUACAUGUAAGGCACUGACCUUCCUGCUGCUGCAGCCCCCCAGCCCCAAGCUACCCCCCCACAGCACCAUCCGCCGCACCGCCAUCGAUCUGAUUGGUCGAGGCUUCACUGUCUGGGAGCCGUAUAUGGACGUGUCAGCGGUGCUCAUGGGAUUGCUGGAGCUCUGUGCCGAUGCAGAGAAGCAGCUGGCCAAUAUUACCAUGGGUUUGCCCCUCAACCCGCCAGCGGAUUCAGCUCGCUCUGCUCGCCACGCCCUCUCUCUUAUCGCCACUGCCCGGCCGCCUGCCUUCAUCACCACUAUUGCAAGAGAGGUUCAUCGAUACAACGCAGCGCAGGCGAACUCUCAGUCACAGCAGAACGUUCACACCACCACUCUGGCCCGAGCCAAGACGGAGAUACUGCGCGUGAUUGACAUUCUGAUAGAGAAGAUGCCUGGAGACGUUGUGGAUCUACUGGUCGAGGUGAUGGAUAUCAUCAUGUACUGCAUCGAAGGUUCUCUGGUGAAGAAGAAAGGACUACAGGAGUGUUUCCCUGCUAUCUGCAAGUUCUACAUGGUCGGUUACUGCGACCGCAGUCACCGCAUCGCUGUAGGAGCUCGUCAGGGUUCGGUGGUCCUCUACGACGUUCGUACUGGAAAAUGCCAGAACAUCCACGGCCAUAAGGGUCCGAUCACAGCGGUGUCGUUCGCGCCUGACGGCCGUUACCUAGCAACAUACUCCAACGCUGACAGCCACAUCUCCUUCUGGCAGAUGAACACCAGUCUGCUGGGGAGCAUCGGGAUGCUGAACUCGGCCCCUCAGCUCCGCUGCAUUAAGACCUACCAGGUUCCUCCAGUGCAGCCGGCGUCCCCGGGCUCCCAGAAUCACCUGAAGCUUGCCCGCCUCAUCUGGACCUCCAACCGCAACGUCAUCCUGAUGGCCCAUGACGGCAAGGAGCACCGCUUCAUGGUCUAAACCACAUCUGUAUCUCCAGCUGUAUCUCCGUUCUUUUAUCUGACAGACCUGCAGCUUUUUAGUUUGUUGUUUUUCUCUGGAGCAGAAUAUGAAAAGCUGUAGCAUGGAUUGGUCACUUUAAUUUUAGCUCCCAAAAUGUAUCCUGAGCUGCUGAGUCAAUCGGUUAAGAGAGUGUAAAAUGAAGGAGGCUGAUAGUGAAGUUUCACGUGGUUUUAAUUCAAAGGUUUGUCACUUGAAGUAUUCAAACUGCAGAAGUCAAAACCGAGCUCAGGUCCAGGUUUGGACUGGGUGAUUUUUUUUUUGGUUUAUGUCCCAUAGUGAUAAUUGUGAGUGAACUCACUUUAAAGGCCGUGAUACAAGGCUUGUUUACAUUUUAGACUGCAUUGAUGUAUUUUUAGUCGUUUACACCUUCUUUUCAUUCCUAUUUAUUUGCUGCAUGUCACAGAUCUUUUCUGUUGCUGCAGCCAUUCUGGGUCCCACCUAGUUUUUAGUUUACUUCAGUGCUAAUUACGAGAAUCUUAUUAUUAAAUGUUUAAAAGUUAUUGCAGGCAUUUCUGGAUUUACUUUGCAGAAACACUGGACUGGGAAAUGGAUGUAACACAGUGACUGAAAAAUGAAUUGAUCUUUGCCAUUUUUUCCAUUUUCUGCUCUUUAUAUUAAAGUUUGUUUGGGAGUGGACGAGUGAAACAGCAUCUUUAGUUUUCACAACUGGAAUGAAUCAUUUCUAGUUGACUGUUCUCCCUUUAAAGCUUUGGUACGCCCCAAACUCUCUAAGACAAGUACACACUUUUCACAUUUGUGUGUCUGUGUAUGUGUGUGAGCGCUUUGGUUCUUGCUUUUACUUUUGUGACACCUUGGAAGCUUUUCCAUCCUCUCUGAGCUUCACACAGAAAUGUGUGUGUAUGUGUUUACACCCAAGUGUAUUUUCACUGUUAAGCACACAUUCUCACUUCAGACUGUUUAUCCUAAAAGCAUGGUUGCAGUAAACGUUUAGAUGCUGGAGGUGCAGCUGUCAGUCACCACAGAUAUGUAAAAAUUCACAGAAGAAAAAUUCACACAAACUAAAACAUAUCGUUAUUUUGGUCAGACUUAAAGUGGAUGACAGCAACACUGAAUAGUUCAGCAAAAGGGGUAGUGGGAUGCAUAUAGUACAUAUGCUCCACAAAGAAUGGCCUGCCACUGGCUGCCACUAGAAUCAGCUUUAUAUCUUCAGAUGCAUCAGAAAUGCAAACAAGAGACUUUAACUUUUUAGUUUAGUGGCUCCUUUUUACUAGGAACUAUUCGGUCAGAAAGGUGCAUGAGAUAUUUUGAUAAUUAUCCAACAUGAAUUUUGUCAUGUAGUCAGCCUUUGUGCAUAUCUCUUUGAGGUAGUUUUGUCCAUCAUCUUGUUUGCAUUCAGCUUACUGUCUUCAGCCUGUCUGUUUUAUUCAGUAACAGUUUCCAUAUUUCCCUGUGUCCACAUGUUGGUCCAAAAUCCCACUUCGCUCACUUCUUUCUGUCUCUCUCAGGAUGUAAAAACUUUCCUGAAGGUUUGUAUAUUUGAAGGAAAACAGUGGCUGCCUAUUUUCUUGCCUCAUUUUACCCCUCACAUGCUUUUCUUUUUGGGGGUGUUUCUUUGCAGACGAUGACGCUUCGUAAUAGACUAAUAGAUGUGAAGACUGCUCUUCUUCUUGCAGCUUUUCUCUUGUCAUUCUUGCACCCACCUGACUUUUAGGAGGGUAUCUCUAGAUAUAAAUAUGUACAUAAACAGUUAGAACUGCUGUGUAAUGUAACCUGGUGUUAAUCUUCCUGUUUUGUGUAUUUAUUGUGGCUAACGUGACUGUCUGCCUGGCACUAACUAGUUCUUCAGAUGAGAUAAUUUCUCUUCUACAGGCCAAAAAGUGGCAAUGUCUUCUUAUAACAUUGACAAUACCUGAAGAAAUGUUACAGUAUUCCAUUUACAUCUUAUUCCAUUAUUACAUGAGCAGUCAGUACUCAUAGGUCUGACCACAUCCAUCAUCAAACUCGGCCUUCAUUUUGUGAGUUUUGUGACUAUCUUUCACAGUUGUGACAGACGUAUAAGCACCUGCCAAAAGUACUAAAACUGCCUCUGUGGUAGUUCCUGUUACAGUAGGUGUCUGCAAGACCGCAUUUUGUCAUGAUGACACAAACACACAGACUCACAAGGUGAAAACAAUAGCAGCCACAUGUGUCAUGGCUGGUCACAGUAGUUUAUUUUACAGUUUAAUAUUCAUUUUUCAUGUUUCAUGUGUUAUAAAAGAAAACUGCAAUUCUUCUCUUAAAUGUUAUUAACAUUCCUUAUUACCAACAGCAGGUACAAUUAGUCAAGGGAGUAUCCUGUUAGCAUGGGGGCUAACCAUACCCAUGGCUACUUAUGGGGAAUGCUAACAGCUAUAACAGCGUAAUCUGUUUAAAGACAAACUGUUUUUGUAGAUCUCCAGUGGUUUAUCUUCUCAUCUUGCUUCAGUGAUGUAGGAGUGAACUCAGGGUGUGUCAGUACACCGUGAUAUCACUGUUUUUUUCUGAUGCAACAGACAUGUUUUUGCACAUUAUACCUUCACUGUCAGUCAGAACCUUCUUGCUUUAAAGUGUUGUUUUAGUGCUCAGAGUUGGAGUUUUAUGCAGAGAAAGAAAUAUAUAUACAUCUAUGUAUAGAGAUUUGAUAUUUAUAAAGUAACAGUUUGCUGUCAUUGUCUACACCAAGGAGGUUAUGUGUCAAAUGUGUGUGUUUGUUGGUUGGUUUGUUUGUUUGUUUGUUUGUUAGCAGGAUUAC